AUGUUAUUAAUAUUACUGCUGUUUGUUUAUGUAAAUUCUGUGUUUUGUUUUAACUUUGGCUCAAGUUCUGGAUGUCAACCGUCUUCAUGUCCACCUGCUCCACAAUGUCCUCCGGCACCUCAGUGUCCAGUAGCUCAACCAUGCUCAUGCUCUUCCGGAUCUUCAAACUCCUACCCUGCUUCAUAUCAAUCAUCAUACCCAGCUUCGUAUCAGUCAUCAUACCCAGAAUCAUAUCCAGCAUCUUAUCCAUCAUCCUAUUCUUCCAUCAACCGCUAUGUGGAUAGGUACAACUUCGGAAGUCAGUUCCAACGACCCAUUUCUUCACAACAAGUUCAAAUUAAUCCAGUUCCGGUGUACCCAAGCCCUCCAGCUCAGACUUAUUACAUUAAUCCUAAUCCCGUGUACGAACGGCCGAUUCCUCAUGGAAUUCCAGUAGCAUCAUCUUUGUAUGCAGACAAUGAACAAAGCUACAAACCUGUCGGUGUAGGUCAAUAUAAUCAACAACCAGUUAAAGUUGCGCCUAGUUCUGGUAAGAACGAGGUUUAUGACGAGCAGAAUACCUACAGUAGCCCAUCGUAUACUGAAAGAAAGACUGUGAAGGACAACGAGUACGAUUCGGCUACUACUAGUCAGCCGGCUGCUGAGUAUACAGUGCCUACAGAAGCGUAUUCACCACCAACGGAAUACUCUGCGGCUACAGAAGCACACUCUCAAAGCGUGUACACACCUACUACAACACAAGCACCAUAUCAGGAAGUGACACAAACACCGUAUCAAGCACAGACAACGCUGCCAACAUACGAACAGAGUACGGUAAAUGCUUAUGAAUCCAAUACUGUCUCAAAUGUUGGAUACGGUUCUACCGUAGCCUACCAGGAGACUACCGUUGCUCCUAACUUUGUGGUAAAGCCAGUACAAGACAGUGAGUACGGUGUACCUAACAAUAACAAUGUCCACGACAAUGAGUACUUGCCGAAAGAACCAGCUGCCCCACCAGCCCAAGAACCAAACUUAUAUCCUGAAGUUGCUCAAGUUUAUCAGGAGACUAACGUGAGUUUACUCUAUUCUAUGUGGACUUAUUUGAAGAUUGUGAUUCUUAGUAACUCUAUAUUCGGAUAUACGUGUAAUAAGUUACUUUGCAAUAUGUUACUGUCCCUUGUACUAUGUUCUGUUUUGUUGAAGUUAGUGUCAGUUUUCUGUUUAUACCCUAAGGAGAUUAAAAUUUAGUAUUACGAAACCACUCAUUCUUCUCGCUCGAUUGUAACACCUACAACAACACCGUCUACCGGAUAUUACUCCAACAAAGAGAAGGCCUACAACAACAAGAAUGAUGUUGAAAUAGUUUAUCGACCACCUCCAGGAGUGGAACAAGGUGUAAUUGUACCACAACAACCACAGAUCGAGGUAUCAGCAUCACCCAAACCGGACUACGAUGAGGAUUAUGUGAACCCUGGAUUCUUGGGUGAAGCUGUCACAAAGUCAAGUAGGUAUACCAUGGUUUACUAUGCUUUUUAUAUGAUUGUUAUUUUUGAAGUAGUUUUUGUUUUUUAAUGCUAUUGGGUACGUAUCAGGCAAAAUUUUGUUUAACUAUAAUAUAUAAAAUAAUGGGCAUAUAUAGCACAUUGUUAUUGGAUUAGUUCAGAUUGUAUAGCAAUAGUAUUCAGACUUGCUGAACAACAUUAAUAUUAGGCCAAGAAUUUGCAAUACUAUGUAAACACUUGUAGUAAUCCAGACUGAUAUGUCUGUAAUUAGUAGAAACGCUAAUCUUCCUUUAAUACCGUUUAAAGCUAAAACAAUGUUCUGUACGAAAUCCUUUACAGUUCCCAUUCGUAGUGCUCCGCUACAGUCAAGAAGGAGAAGAUCAUCUCCAGGUGGCAGAUGUCAUCAUUCCAGAAUACAACGACUUCUGAAGGAAGUAAGAGUUUAUUUUUAGUUUUGUUUUUUGAUAUCUAAAGCUAAUAGCAUUUGCUGUACUAUUACACAUGUUGAUUUUAUGUAGGUAAAACCUGCUCGGACCAUCUUUUAAUUACUUUACUACUGUAGUAUACAGUAGUAUAAUAUUGUAAAGUUAUUUUUGUUCAAAAUUAGUACUUGAUGUUAUGCUUAAAGACCUUUCAAACUUGAUAUUUACAAAUUUUAUAAUAUUUUUAGUUCCGUACAUACGAUCUUGCCAAAACGACCAAAGCCCUAAAGGCCGCCAUUUCCAAACAGCUACAGCUUACUGUAAAUGUAAUUUGCUCCAAGUCGGAACUUGGAUUUGAUCUUAAGUCGGAUGUGUACUGCACGUAUAACAUCAACAACUUGAGCUGCUUAGCAUUCCAGUAA